UAGACUUUUCUUAGUGGCAUCGGAGUCAUCCUGCUUCCUGUAUCCUCUUUGCCACAAACCGACAGAUUGUACACAAUCAUCAUGGCGACGCAGGAUGGAGAUGAAGGAGCCGUAAUGGACACUGAGACUGAGGCAAAGCCAACAGAAGCAGAGGCAUUUGGUGAAAAUGUGGAAAAGGCCGAUGCAGAAUCUACAUCUCUCACAGAUGCAGGAAAUGCCACAACUCAGGACUCUAGUAUUAGCAAUGGCGACGACGCAGACGACAAGCAGGAGACGGUGGACUUGAAGAUUAUCUGGAACAAGAACAAAUACGACCUGAAAAUUCCUGUCGACAGUACCGGAGCCAAGCUAAAAGAGAGGAUCCAUGCACUCACUGGUCUUCCACCAGCAAUGCAGAAAGUGAUGUACAAAGGACUGCUUCCAGAGGAUAAGACGCUACGUGACAUAAAGGUUACAAACGGGGCAAAAAUAAUGGUGGUCGGAUCUACAAUAAAUGAUGUAUUAGCUGUAAACACACCGAAAGAGGUUAUUCAGCAGGAAGUUAAAGCCGAGGAAAACAAGAAAGAGCCCUUAUGCAGGCAAAAGCAACACAGGAAAGUACUGGACAAAGGUAAACCAGAAGAUAUAAUGCCAUCUAUCAAAGGAACAAAGGAACGAUUACCAACAGUGCCUUUAUCCGGAAUGUUUAACAAAUCCGGAGGAAAAGUAAGACUCACAUUCAAACUGGAGCAAGAUCAGUUGUGGAUCGGAACAAAAGAGAGAACAGAGAAAGUUCCAAUGGGCUCUAUUAAAAAUGUAGUGUCCGAACCCAUCGAAGGCCAUGAGGACUAUCACAUGAUGCAAUGGGAGCGCCUUGUGCAAGCAGCAGUCACAGGAUUCCGACGACCCAAAUGAUUCUGACCACAGAAUCCUGCUUUUCAAAAUUCCUGUGAAUCCAUGGAGUACUCCUGUAUCCUCUCAACUACGAAGAAGCAGAGAGUUCCAGCAAAGCCGAGGAUGACCAGAAGCAGGAGCUGCCACGUUAGCAGAAGGUAGCCGCUGUAGAAGAACGCCACUGCUGCACUCACAGACUAACAGGAAACAUAAAUUUUAUUGUUGGUUAUGAGAAGAAAGAACUGCAAGCUUUGCAACAUCUCAUCUGUAGCCAUGUUUGUCCAACUGUGGAACAUGUUACACGGAUGGUAUUUGAGCUACCUCUAGUGGUACUCAGAAGAAAUCUUGGCAUUAAUUACAAAGUAAAUAUGUGCAAAUUAGCUGUGACAAAGUGAACUACAGUGCACUAGGAACAGUUUGCUAGGCAUGAUGUAUGUUUUUUUUGUUGUUUUUUUUUCUACUUUGCUCUGAAGUUAGAACAUGGAUCUGACAAAGACAUCAAACCCAACUUAACCAUGUUGGAGUUCCAUGUUCCAAAAUGGAUGUAUCGGUUGAUUGAUUUACUUUUUAUUUACAGUGGUUAUCACUAACUUUCAUGUGAAAGGCAGCCAUGUUGAAUUUUAGGGUCAGGGUUGGUGAGAGUCCAUCACUUUUCCUCGACGCCAUUUUGAAUUACAUGACAGUUGAGAAUUUCCAUGGAUAUGUUAUUUUCAGAUUUACUACAGUUUUAAAAUGUCUUGACAAAAUUGUGGUAAAGUUUGGGAACCACUGGACUAGAAAGACAAGUCUGUUUGAAUGACGUAGCAUCUUCUCAUUUGUCAGAUUAAAUGUAACUUUUGAAAAUAAUAUUUAAGAACGUAUUAAAUAUACUUUUAACUAAGCCCA